ACGUGAUAACAACCGAAAUAUUUGUAUCUUCGAUUCGAUCUUCAAACGUGGAAAGAAUUGUCUUCUGCCAUUUUGGUUUUAUGACAGACGUUCUGUGAAUAGUUUGUCAGCAUUAGCGAAGAUAAUUUUUAUUUGUUAAAACUAUAAUCCAUUGCUCACCGAUCAUGGGUGAUGAUUUGUCAAUUAAAGAGAAGAUGUCGCAGAUUGGGUCGUACCAAUGGGUUUUGGGAGUUCACCCGAGCAAUAUCUCAAAUGUAUCGGACAUGAGCGAUUACGGGCCUCCGCCGUUUGCUCUUCAAAUUAUUCCAAAAAAUGUGGGUAAACCGGACCGGCCUCUCUUGCAAGCGACUACAGAGGAGCUACUUUGUUUUUUCUUUAUGUAUGUCAGUACGAUUGCUAAAAUGCAAUUAGCGUUUAUGUUCGACGAAAGCAUCAACGGAUGUAAAUUUGUAUUCGAAAACAGCUUUAGUGAUUAUUAUCUCAAUAUGGGUGAUGAUAUGUCAAAUAAAGAGAAGAUAUCGCAGGCUGAGUCGACGCAAUGGGCUUUCGGUGCGCACGAGAGUAAUGCCUCAAUGUUAUCGCGCUUCAGUGAUUCCGUCGGACCUCCGCCGUUUGGUCUUCACAUCAUACCACAAGUGAUGGAUGAAUCGGACCGGCCUCGUGUGCAAGCGACAACAGAGGAGCUGUUUUGUUUUUACCGUCUGUACAUAAGUACGAUUUGCAAAACUAAAAUAAUGUCUAUGGUCGAUCUAAGCCUUAAUUGGUAUUUUUGGUUUCACAUCCAGAACUUGGUGUUGAAUUGUAUGCCGAAUGUCUUUGUCAAAGUAUUCCUUGCUGUAUACGUGCCGGAAGAACAUUUCUACCUAGAUAAAAUGGUGCCCUUGCUACGCGGUUACAAAUUUGUAAUAAUCAUUGCUGCGUUUUAUGAACUGGUGAGAUUAACAUCUUGUAAAAUGCUUCUGUUGCAUUACAUAUGGAUAGGCCUCGCUGAGAGAAGCCCAUGGAAUAGAUGUUCCAAAGAUUUUUCAUACCCCGUUUCAAAAAUGCCGAACAUGACGGUCUCGUGUUACGUCAUUGAAGAUUUUAAGAAGUUAAUUUCCGAAAUUGUAGCUUCCAAUCAUACAAUUAGUUUUUACAAAUAUGAAUAUACCGUAAAAUAUUCCAAUGGUACUACAACAUACUUUCAAGUUCCUCAAUUGACAUUUUUUAAGCUUUUAUGGGAUAGGAGGGUAACAUCAAUACAGCAAACAGAGUUUGGCGUUUAUUUCCUAAUAAUAUACGCUUUAGCGGCUCUCCAUUAUAAUCAAUUUUACAAAAAACUCAUAUGGAAGCUUUUAAAAUUUGCAAAUUAUGCGGAAAUUGCUAUAACUUUGCUGAUAACAAUACAUAUAUUUCUGAGUUAUAACAUUAUUGAUCCACAUUUGAAAAAUGUCAAACCUGUAACAAUAUUAUACAAUUCGAAAAGCCCAAAGUUGGAAGUAGAUGUAGUGUUAUUAGCGUUAAAUGCUCCACCAGUGAUACAUGUCUUGAUUUCUAGAAGCUGUGCCGACCAUAGUAAGAUCCAAUAUAAAUCUCUGAGUGCCUUGCUGGUAAUAUCCUUUUGGUCGUAUACUUUUUUAAGCGGAUUGAUGUUUAAGUAUCUCAAAGAUUAUUGUGAUAAUAUCAUGGGAGUGCACAUAAGACAGUCAUUAUAUAAUUCAUCCGCCUUUUACUUCAUAUACGCAAUAUAUUAUUCACAUUUUUUGCUUGGGAACAUUUACUUCUUGAUUACGCUUUUUGUAAAAUUUAUGGGGGACUUUUACAUAUUCGUUAUUACCUUCCAUUGUUUGGUUGAAGCAAUUAUUUGUGAAUGGAAGUUUGUCACAAGGAUUAUGGUUGGAUCGUUUCUCUCGUUAUUAUCUUUGCUCCACUUUCUCAUAUGGAACUUUACUGUUUUAACGAUGUUGAUGUUAUACAUGAAGUGUAUUUCGAUUCUUAUUGAAAUGGUUGGUAUCUAUAUACUGUAUCCGCUGAGCAGACUUGUCGAAGAUAUAACAUUCUAUAGUGGUAGCGAACCGCAUAUUUUACAACAAUAUUGUCUAAGACUUGUGCCGUUUUUUGUUGGUUAUAAAAUAUAUGAAUUCUUAGUGCAAAUACAUAAACCAACUAUUCGCUUGUUUUGGUGGAUACCGGUCGCGUUUCUUAUUGCUGGGAUGCUUUUCACUAUAUAUGAUAUACUUUAUCUGCAAGGACGGAAUUACUUUAGCUUAUUUUGCCCUAUUCCUGAAUGGGGACCGGUGGAUUUUAAAAAACGACGAAAUCGAAAAUUGUUUAAGAAACAUGAAUAUAUUGGAUCCCAGGCUGACCGUGAUCUGAGCAGACACAUGCUUAGCAGAGACGAGUGUGACCUCGUGCAUUUGGACCUCAAAUAUGAAAGCUUCAGGCGGUCCACUAAUGUUCCAUAUUUCUCAUACGAAUAUGAAAGCAAUAAGAAGAAGUUGUAGUUUAUUUUUUAAGUAGGUACCUACACCUAUCUGUGUAGAUUUAUAUACAAAGGGGGUUGCACCGUCAACUCGCAGUAAAACAAUUACGCCAUUUUGUCUAAACGUCAGCGGCGUGUCGUUUAAAGUGAACGUCAAAUUUGACGGUGCAAACUCACCCUGACUAAACUUCGAACCUACCUCUAUACUUAAUUCAUCCCCUUUUAUUUUUGCGUCUGAUAGGCAUGUAGCAUUUAACAAUUGUUGUGUUCUGUAGAAUAUCGCGUUGUUUUAUUGAAAAGUAGAUUAAAAAUAAUUAAA